CGUGGUCCCGCGAGCGAGUCACGUGCUGAGCUCGGCGCCAACAUUUCUGGCGCGCGCGUUCCCGGGGCCCUCCUUGCUCCUGACCCGCGGAUCCUUGGGUUCCGCCUGGUUCCCUUUCGGGAUACCCGGGGCGUCCUCGUGAGAGCGGCCCGCGUGGGUGACGGCCGCUCAGUGGGCGCGGCCGGGCCUGUGGUGGAGGCCGCCUCAGGAGCCGGGCCCGCGAGCACGCAGCUAGGAAACACAACGUGGAGACAAAGUCCCAUUAGCAGCCGACUACUUUGGAAUACAGAGUGAAACAGUUUUCUCAAUAUACUUCUUAAGAAAUGAACACAGAAGCAGAACAGCAGCUUCUCCAUCAUGCCAGAAAUGGCAAUGCUGAAGAGGUGCGAAAGCUGCUGGCAGCCAUGGCACGGAUGGAAGUGGUCGCUGACAUCGACUGUAAAGGAAGAAGUAAGUCUAACUUGGGCUGGACACCUCUUCACCUGGCAUGCUAUUUUGGACACAAACAAGUGGUCGAGGAUCUGUUGAAGGCUGGUGCAAAAGUGAACAUGUUAAACGACAUGGGGGACACGCCACUGCAUCGAGCCGCCUUCACAGGACGAAAGGAGCUGGUCUUGCUUCUUUUAGAAUACGAUGCUGACAGUACAGUUGUAAAUGGAAGUGGACAGACAGCAAAAGAAGCCACCCAUGACAAAGAAAUCAGAAACAUGCUUGAAGCUGUGGAGAGGACUCAACAAAGAAAGCUUGAAGAAUUGCUUUUAGGAGCAGCUAGAGAAGGAAGAACAGCCGAAGUAUCAGCUCUGCUCAGCAGGCCCAAUCCUCCUGAUGUGAACUGCUCAGAUCAGCUAGGAAAUACCCCCUUACACUGUGCCGCCUACCGGGCCCACAAGCAGUGUGUCCUAAAGCUCCUGAGAAGCGGAGCUGACCCCAGCCUGAAGAACAAGAACGAUCAGAAACCUCUUGACCUUGCCCAGGGUGCUGAAAUGAAGCAUAUUCUUGUUGGUAAUAAGGUUGUCCACAAAGCACUGAAACGCUACGAAGGCCCUCUCUGGAAGAGUUCAAGAUUUUUUGGCUGGAAGUUAUUUUGGGUAGUGUUAGAACAUGGAGUCCUUUCCUGGUAUAGGAAGCAGCCUGAUGCAGUCCAUAAUUCUUAUCGCCAAGGAUGCAAACACCUGACUCAAGCCGUGUGCACGGUGAAACCUACAGAUAGCUGCCUCUUCUCCAUUCGAUGCUUUGAUGACACUGUUCACUGCUUCAGGGUUCCUAAGAACAGCGUACAGCAAUCAAGAGAGAAGUGGCUGGAAGCAAUUGAAGAACACUCCGCAUACAGCACUCACUACUGUUCCCAGGAUCAGGUGACUGAUGAUGAAGAAGAAGAUGUAGUUUCGGCCAUGGACUUGAAGGAGUCGUUAGCGAGAGCACAAACAUGUCAACAGAGACUAGAUAGGGAAAUUUACAACUUUCUCAAAAUGAUUAAGGAGUGUGAUGUGGCCAAAGAUAUGCUUCCAUCGUUUCUUCAGAAAGCUGAUAUUGUCUCCGAAGCUUCUAGAGAGACUUGUGUGGCGUUGAAUGACUGUCUUAAUCUCUUCACUAAACAGGAAGGGGUGAGGAAUUUUAAAUUGGAACAGGAGCAAGAAAAAAACAAAAUUUUGUCAGAAGCACUGGAGACUUUAGCCACUGAGCAUCAUGAACUAGAACGAUCCCUGGUUGAAGGAUCCCCGCCUGUCAGCAUCCUUAGUGAGGAGGAGUUCUAUGAUGCACUGUCAGGUUCCGAGUCCGAGGGGUCGCUGACUUGCCUGGAAGCUGUGACAGCACACUCCUUUGAAGAGAACGAAGUGCCUGGGAGCAGCGGAAAGCACAGAAUGUCUGAAGGAAAAGACUGUGGUGGGGGAGAUGCGCUCUCCAAUGGCAUCAAAAAGCACAGAACAAGCCUGCCAUCACCUAUGUUCUCCAGAAACGAUUUCAGCAUCUGGAGCAUCCUCAGAAAAUGCAUUGGGAUGGAACUGUCCAAGAUCACAAUGCCAGUGAUAUUUAAUGAGCCUCUGAGCUUCCUGCAGCGGCUAACUGAAUACAUGGAGCACACGUACCUCAUCCACAAAGCCAGUUCACUUUCUGAUCCUGUGGAAAGGAUGCAGUGUGUGGCUGCAUUUGCUGUGUCUGCUGUCGCCUCUCAGUGGGAGCGCACCGGAAAGCCCUUCAACCCGCUUCUGGGAGAGACUUAUGAAUUAGUUCGAGAUGACCUUGGGUUUAGGCUCAUCUCAGAACAGGUCAGCCAUCAUCCCCCAAUCAGUGCAUUCCAUGCAGAAGGGCUCAACAAUGACUUCAUCUUCCAUGGCUCAAUUUACCCCAAACUGAAGUUCUGGGGCAAGAGUGUAGAAGCAGAGCCUAAAGGAACCAUCACCUUGGAGCUUUUAGACCACAACGAAGCAUACACAUGGACAAACCCCACCUGUUGUGUGCAUAACAUCAUCGUGGGCAAGCUCUGGAUUGAACAGUAUGGCAACGUGGAAAUCAUAAACCACAAGACUGGGGACAAAUGUGUGCUGAAUUUUAAGCCAUGUGGUCUUUUUGGCAAGGAAUUACACAAAGUUGAAGGCUACAUACAAGAUAAAAGCAAAAAGAAGCUCUGUGCUCUCUAUGGGAAGUGGACUGAGUGCUUGUACAGCGUAGACCCUGCCACUUUUGAUGCUUACAAAAAAAAUGAUAAGAAAAACACAGAAGAGAAGAAGAACAGCAAACAGACAAGCUCAUCUGAGGAGUCUGAUGAAAUGCCAGUGCCAGAUUCCGAGAGCGUAUUCAUUAUCCCUGGAAGUGUGCUCCUGUGGCGGAUAGCCCCGCGGCCUCCCAACUCUGCUCAGAUGUAUAACUUUACCAGCUUUGCCAUGGUUUUGAAUGAAGUCGACAAGGAGAUGGAGAGUGUGAUUCCCAAGACUGACUGCAGGCUACGGCCUGACAUCAGAGCCAUGGAGAACGGAGAGAUAGAUCUAGCUAGUGAAGAAAAGAAACGGCUUGAGGAAAAGCAAAGAGCAGCCCGCAAGAACAGGUCCAAGUCGGAAGAGGACUGGAAGACAAGGUGGUUCCAUCAAGGUCCUAACCCCUACAGUGGAGCACAGGACUGGAUUUAUUCUGGCAGCUACUGGGACAGAAACUACUUCAAUUUGCCUGAUAUUUAUUAAAGUACAGAGAAGUCAAGGUGUUUGCUAAUCUAAAUAAGUCUUAAGCUUAAGAUUUUUAAAUGUUUUUCCUUGGUUUCUACUCCUCUAUAAUUUGCGUUUCACCCAAUAGGGCAAGGCAUCUGGUACAGUGGGGAUGACCUGAAAGAGAAGAGGCAGUGCUGUGCCACAGCUGCCCCCUUGGAGCCCUGCUCAUGGCCAGUGAGAAGCUGUUGGCUGCAGCUCCUAUCCCCACACUGUAAUACUCAGCUCUAUGGAAUUCUAUAGUGAUCCAAAAAUCAAGUUAUUUUGAAUAUUUUUAUGCUAUAAUGCUUAAAUAUUUUAGGUGUAGCUUUGAAAUGUUUAGAAUUCUUCUGUACAAUGUUACGUGUUCAAAUGUAGAGAUUAUCAUUUUACAAAAACUAAAUUGGUAAGAUGGCCUUUUAGGGAAAUUAAUCCUCUCAACCUCACUUUCCUUCCUCCUAGAGAGGGGGCAGAAUUCCUGAUCUGAAAAUUCUAAACUGGAACAGGUAUUUAUUAUCUUAGUGCUCGGAAUUUACGUUCACAUCUUGUUAUUAGACUUUACAGGGUUAACUUGUAACAAAAAUGCCCUAAAAAUAGAUUUUAAUCAAUAUUAUCUAAUGACACACCUUUUAGCCUCAACUUCCAGUGGCAAAUGCCACAGAGAAAUUAAGCUGCACUCAUGUAUUGCAAGGUACUGGAGACCUACUGUACAGUAGCUUUCCCCAUUCAUUGGGGCAAUCUCAUAGUAUUUAUCCAACCAAACCAGACUGAGAUACUUGCCCUAAAGAGCCUUAGGUAGCUUCCAGUAAGUUAUGUUGUCUUGAAGUUAACAAGUGUUAUGAUGCUAAAUAAAGGCUUUAGAAUAUCAAAUAAAAAAGUGUGAAUGCUUUCAGAAUUUCAGUUGAUAUUGUAACCUAGUACUAUCCUUAAUUAUCAAAGGUAUUCCCAGGGCCAGAGAGAGAGUGGCAUGAAGUGGUCAGUUAGCACUCUAACUUGCUUAUGUAUGACAGUGUUAAGGAAGUUUGUAUACCUGCUAAGUUACUAAAACAGCAAUGCAGUUUUAUGCUUGCAGGAAGUUUAUUGAUACAGUUCACAUGGUGACAAACUCCACCUUGAAUGCUGAAUCAAACAGCAUCAGCAUCUGUUAAUGAAGAGACAUGAGAUCGUUUAAAAAUCGGUGGUACUAAUCAAAAAUAUCCUAGUAUUUCCUGCUGAGGCCACCUCUUAACAACACAAGGUUGCUGUGAUUAAAAUCAUGACCAUGCAAUUGAAAUAUUGCCUCCCUCUCAGCCCCCCAAGAUCACAGUAGCUGAAAGCCACAUGCCUGGCUGGCAAGCGCUUCAUGUAAAGUGCUAGUCCUCUCCCUGGGGUGCAUGCUCUAGUCACCCCCCUGUCUACACUGAGUGAUAAAAUUGUCCAACUGUUCCUUCAGCUCCUCUGUUUUCAACCUGUAACAUAUACAUAUAGUUAGUCUCUCUAAAAGUCCAAUUGUUCUUCUAGCUCCUCUUUAACCUCUUGCAUGGAUACUCGGUCAGCAUGGACAUGCAGUAUCUCCCCUCGGUUCCUCCCUAUUUCUUGUUUCUAUUCUUUUCGAAUCUACCAUGUACUCAAAGGUGUCUGGACAUUCUAGUUAGAGGCCAAGCACUUGUAUCCCCCAUGUUUUAUCAAGUAUAUGAAACCCCAAGUGCUGAAGGCUCAAGUGUGUCACAGCCCACAUGUCACAGUAGGAAGGGUUACCUACUCUUUUAAGGUUCUGCUCUGCGGACAUGGGCAGUAGUCACAGUAAUUUCGCCAGCAAUACCAUAACUUCCAAAGGGAGUACGUUUGUCACCAGAUCCUGAACUCUUUUUAGCUACAUCUUCUACUGGGAAAGCAACAGAAAGAAAGACUGGGCUUUUCGGUCUGGGGCCAUCUUGUCCACUUGUAGGAGGACUAGCAUUCUGGGGAUUUGGGGCAGGUCUCUGGAAUGUCUGAUCUGCAGGAACAGCAAUGGGCACUUGCACUGCAGCAUAUCUCUUCAAGGCCUCUGCUUGUGACACAACAGCAUGUCCAGGAAGAGGGUUCCAAUCCUGCGCUUCCUGAACAUUUGAGCCUACUAAUAUAAAAGGUGGGGCAUUGGUCUUCUUGCUGUCAUCCAUCAUCACAUAAGUUGGAGACGUGACUUUCGGUGGGUUCUGCAGAAACUGUGGCUCCUUAGGAUUAGGUAAAUACAGGGUUGCUUGGGGAAAAGGCCCAGGUGCAGGUGGCGGUGAUGGGCGACUUUGUUGAUUCAUAUCAGUUAGACAAUAAAGUGUCCACAUAUUAGAA